GAUUUCCCAUUGCCUCACAUCCAAAUUCUGCUAGAUAAUGCUGCCAAAAAUGCUCGGUUUUCUUUUGUUGAUGGCUACUCUGGGUACAAUUAGAUAAAAAUGAAGGAGGAGGAUAAGCUCAAAACAACAUUCAUCACUCAAAGGGGUACCUUUUGCUACAAAGUUAUGCCUUUUGAACUCAAAAAUGCUGAGGCAACAUACCAACGCUCUGUGAUUACUUUACUACAUGACUUUGUGCACACCAUUGUUGAGCUAUAUGUUGAUGACAUGGUGAUUAUGUCCAAAGAAGAGGUGCUACAUACAGAAAAUCUCAAGAAGGUGUUUGAAUGCCUUAAAAAAUACCAAUUGAGACUCAAUCCCGCCAAAUCUAGUUUUGAUGUGGAUUCCGGAAAGCUACUUGACUUUAUUGUGAGCCGUCGAGGAAUAGAGAUUGACCUAACCAAAAUAAAAGCCAUUGAUGAAAUGCCACCACCAAAAACCCAAAAAGAAGUCCAAAGUUUCUUGGGAAGAAUUAAUUACAUUGCUCGUUUCAUUGCCAACCUCGCCACCAUUUGUGAGCCUAUCUUCAAACUCCUCAGAAAAGAGAAUCCUCAUGCCUGGAAUGACCAAUGCCAACAAACCUUUGGCAAAAUCAAAGAAUACCUCAAAAACCCACCAAUCCUUGUGCCACCAACAGAUAAAAGCCUUUCAUCCCAUAUAUCACUGUCUUUGAAGAAUCCAUGGGAGUCGUCCUUGUCCAACAUGACGACUCAGUGGCAUAUGUUGCUUUCCGAAUUUGAUAUUGUUUACACAACACAAAAAUCCAUCAAAGGACAAGCCAUUGCUGAUCAUUUAGCCGAACAUGCGGUAGAGGAUUAUGAGCCUAUUAAUUGGGAUUUUCCUGAUGAGGACAUUUUGGCAGUGAAGGCAGAAUCUGAUUCAGAUAAUUGGAAGUUCUUCUUUGAUAGAGUUGUUAACCAGCUUGGUUGUGGCCUUGGAACCGUGUUGGUAUCCCCAAAGGGUGAUCAUUUUCCUAUUGCUAUAAAGCUUGAUUUUGCUUGUACCAACAACAUAGCCGAAUAUGAAGCUUGUGUUGCAAGAAUAUAUGUUGCUUUGGAUAUGAAUGUUCGAGAUUUGGAGAUAUAUGGUGAUUCAGCACUAAUCAUAUGUCAAACAAAUGAAGCAAAACAAGUCAUGACUGAGGUACAUGAAAGGAUAUGUGGAACACAUGCCAAUGGAAGAAUGCUUGCUAGAAAGAUCCUCAGAGCUGCGUAUUAUUGGUUGACUAUGGAACAUGACUACAUCAAUGUUACAAAAAAGGUGGUCACUCGCUUCAUCAAGAGAGAGAUCAUCUAUAGAUAUGGGCAACCAAAGACCAUCAUUAUUGAUAAUGCAAGCAAUUUGAACAAUGACAUGAUGACUGCACUAUGCAAGCAAUUCAAGAUCAAGCAUUUGAACUCUUCUCCAUACCGACCAAAGACGAAUGGUGCGGUGGAAGCUGCCAACAAGAAUAUUAAGAAGAUUCUAGCCAAAAUGACAGUUACCUAUAAAGAUUGGCAUGAAAUGUUGCCAUAUGCUCUCCAUGCUUAUAUAACCUCUGUUCGCACUUCAACUAGGGCAACCCCUUAUUCCUUGGUAUAUGGAAUGGAGACACUACUACCAAUUGAGCUAGAAAUGCCUUCCAUGAGAAUUUUAUCUGAGUCGGGGAUUGAGGAAGAAGACUUGAUUUAGAAAAGGAUAAAUUACCUCAACUUGCUUGAUGAGAAGAGAUUGGCAGCUCUUUGUCAUGGUCAAUACUAUUAGUGACGAAUGGCAAUAGCUUACAACAAGAAAGUCAAACCUAGAGUAUUUCAUCAAGGAGAUCUUGUCUUAAGAAAGAUCAUGCCAAAUG